CACUGAUAUCUGCAAGACACAAGAAGACAUGCACAUGGUUUGGUCAAGUCAAUUCUCAUGUGCCUUUGUGUUGUUUGUGUGUUUAUGCGCAGCUGUGUGUUUUAUGUGCACAUUUCUCUGACAAAGCAACCUUCAGCGCGAUUACAAGAAUGUAUGCCUUUUGCUUAUCUGUCGCCGCACGGCUAAUUGGAGAACUUUUUUGAUAAACUCUGUCAAAGAACAGAGAAUUUUUCACAACACGCAUACAUGCUUUGCAUUGCGUCCUUCUUACGAAUUGAACUUCAUGCACAAUAUUCUUUUCCGCUUCCUGGACAUUUCCCAAGUCCCAAGUCAAAUCCCACCCUUUGGGCUACCAGCAAAUAUAGGGUUAAUCAGGAACUAUCCACCAAUUCAAUUGAACCUAAACUGCUCAUCCACCAACACUGCCAGCAUCCACUUCGCACAGCUGCUGUUGACGAUAGUUCUCUAGUAUUGAAGUCGAUACCUAUUGGGCCAAAUUCCGUUCGGAAUACCUCGUGCAGCCCUGGGGUCAUAUUAAUUCACGUAAUACCAACAUAGAGGUAAGAACUUAAAUGCGCGAAGCCUACAGUGAAAACAGUGAAAAAGUGGACCAAUGAAGCAAAGACGGAACUUCAAAGCUGUUUAGACUGCACAGACUGGAGUGUCUUUGAAAAUUCAGCUGGCAGCCUGGAUGAAAAAACGGACACUGUCACAUCUUAUAUCAGUUUCUGUGAAGAUGUGUGUGUACCAACAAAGUCAUUUCACACUUUCAAUAACAACAAGCCGUGGUUCACUGCUAAACUUAAGCAGCUUCACCAAGCUAAGGAGGACGCAUUAUCAGAGCAGGGACAGGGCCCUGUAUAAUCGAGCUAGAAACCAGCUGACUAAAGAAAUUAACAUUGCAAAGAGGAACUAUGCAGCAAAGUUGGAAAAACAGUUUAGCGCUCACGACUCUAAAUCAGUCUGGCAUGCAUUCCGAUCGCUGACCAAUUACAAGCGACUAUCCCCCAAGCUGAGAACAAUAGUAGACUAGCCGACGACUUCAAUACCUUCUACUGCAGAUUUGUAAAGGACACUUUCACACCCCACACCCACCCAGCCGCACCACCGACCACAAUCACAGCUCUGACUUCUGCGUUAACCAUCCAUGAACAGGAUGUGAGACGCAUCUUCAAACAACAAAUGAUUAACAAAGCGCCAGGCGCAGACCUUGUGUCCCCAUCCUGCCUCAAAGUCUGCGCGGAGCAGCUCGCUCCAGUCUUCACACAGAUGUUCAAUAUAUCUCUGGAACUGUGCGAAGAACCAUCCUGUUUCAAACCCUCCACCAUCAUUCCAGUCCCCAAGAAACCAACAAUACUGGGUCUAAAUGACUACAGGCCUGACGCCUUGACAUCUGUAGUCAUGAAGUGCGUUGAACGUCUCGUGCUGGACCACCUCAAGAGCAUCACAGGUCCCCUGCUGGACCCCCUGCAGUUUGCCUACCGAGCAAACAGGUCUGUGGAUGAUGCAGUCAACAUGGGACUGCUCUUCUCUCUCUCCACGAACGACUGCACCUCAACACACCCGGCUGUCAAACUCCAGAAGUUUGCAAAUUACACCAGUGUCAUCGGCCUCAUCAAGGAUGGUGACGGGUCUGCAUAUCGACUGGAAGUGGAGCGGGUGGAGCUGUGGUGCGGCCAACACAACCUGGAGCUGAACACGCUCAAGAUUGUAGAGAUGAUCGUGGACUUCAGGAGGCAUCCUUCGCCACAGCUGCCCCCCACGCUGUCCAGCUGCCUUGUGUCAACUGUGGAGACCUUCAAGUUCCUGGGAAUUACAGUCUCUCAGGACCUGAAGUGGGCGACCAACUUCAACUCCGUCCUCAAAAAGGCCCAGCAGACGAUGUACUUCAUGCGGCUUCUGAGAAAGCACGGCCUGCCACGGGAGCUGCUGAGGCAGUUCUACACAGCGGUCAUCGAAUCAGUCCUGUGUUCUUCCUUCACAGUCUGGUUUGGUGCUGCUACAAAAAAGGACAAACUCCGACUGCAACGGACAAUCAAAACUGCUGAAAGGAUUGUCGGUACCCCCCUACCCACCCUUGAGGACUUGCACGCUGCCAGAACUAAGGCAAGAGCGUGCAAAAUCCUCUGGGACCCUCCACAUCCCGGUCACCGGCUAUUCCGGCUCCUUCCCUCAGGGGCAACGCUCUUCUCACCUGUUUUGACUUCCUCAUCACUCCCUUCUCAUUAGUCGGCGCGAGCGGCUUGUUUGAUAGCACUCACUGAGGUCCGGUGCCUAGCAGAAGGUAAAUCUGUCACAAUCUAUACGGACUCUCCUUAUGCCUUUGGAGUGGUUCAUGACUUCGGCGCCCUCGCGUCUUUUUGAAUUUUGAUGGUAAACCUAUUCUCCACCAUGACGAUGUUGUCACUCUUCGACGCCAUCCUUCUCCCUUCUGUUAUCGCUGUCUGCAAAUGUACAGCACACACCAUGUUUGACCCCGUCUCUCAAGGGAAUGCACAUGCAGAUGCCGCAGCCAAGGCUGCAUCACUCCUACCUCCUCCAUCUUUCCAUCUCUCCUCUCCUCGCUCAUCCCCACCCUCGCAUGCCCCUCUUCUUCUCACUGACCUUCACUCGGUCUACUCCCACUGAACGCAUUUUGUGGCGUCAGUGUGGUGCGUCUUUUGUGGUGGUGCAGUAGAGAAGGAAAAAGGGAAUUUGAAAGCCAAAUUGAGUAAAUGUUGUGAAGACACCAAAUUAAAUUGGAUUAAGUGCCUACCUACCAAUUGUCUUGUAUAUGAGGAUGCAUGUGCGUCCUAGACAAUUUGUCUCCCUUUGAGAUCCUUUUUGCAGGGCCUCCAAAUGUCGGAUCGAAUCCUCCGAUGGGCACACAUCUUUGCGUAGACAACAUGAAUCAGGGAUCGCACGUCUUUGACUAAUUUGCUCCACAAUUCUUCUCAGCACUGCCCAGAGCAGCUGACGGACCCCACAAAAACAUCCAACCUGGCGACUUUGUGCUGAUUAAGAGCUUCCGGCUGAAAAUGUGGAGACAUCAGCGCUGGCUGGGGCCUUUUCAAGUCCUCCUUGUGACCCACACUGCCGCUGAUGUUGCUGAGAGAGCUACGUGGGUUCACAUGUCACACUGCAGGACGUUUCAAGCGCCUCCUGUGGUCCCACCUCCUCUCCUCCUUCACCUUCUGCAACGGGUGGUUGGAAAGCCCGCCUGAUAAAGCUGAAUACUGACCGCGUCCGGAAAAGAGCUGCUUGCUGCGUAAGUCCGACAUGGCUGAAUAGUCUCUCAUGAUUAUGACUGUUAGCAUACUUUUUUUUAGCUACAUUCAAUACUGCUAACUGAUGGCAUGUCUAUAUGUCAUAGAGGAGCAGAAGAUAGGUUAUAAAAGCCAAGCAACAACCAAUCACCUGUUGUCUGAACUGACGCGAACACACAGAAGAAGAUGACUUCUCCAGGGGGUUUCAAACUCCUUCUCUUUGGUUUAGCAUUACUUGCCAUCAUUAUUGUGUUCAAUAUGUGACGUGCCAACUAUGACGAGCUUCUUUGGUUGCAUGCGAUUGCCACUACCUCUGCUCAUUUCACCUCCUACAGUCUGACGGUUUAGUUUCUUUACGCCCUUCAAGUGGCACGCUCUCAAAAUCCCUCAAACUGCUGUUUAUUUUUUUCAUGCAGCUGCAAACCCACCUGUAGUGCCUUCCCCACAUCCAAAUCCGUCAUCACUCUUUCCUCGCACCUUAACUUCUUUUAUCUGUCCACAGUACCUUAACCAAACCAUCCUUGAGGUUCUUGUUUCUAGCUGGUUCACUGGACUUGAUUGGCAUACCGUAUAGCUCUUGUUUUCUGUUUCUCUCUUCUUAUGCAUGGUAGGCUCAGUGUUUGUCCAGUAUACCCGUGUGGCUCCACUGACCCUCUCUCUCCUCUCCUACUUGUGACCGAUGCUUUCCUGACCUGCUUCCUUGUGCUGAGUGUUUGACUGAUAUGACUGACCCGGACUCGGAUUCUUCGGUCUAGUUUUUUUGUUUGAUUUUAUUACAACCUGUUUAUGAAGGAUUUUCUUAAACCUACAUUAUAGUGUUUUUUUUUUGGGGGGGGGGGCGUUGUUUGUUUAUUACAUGUUAUCCCUUUCAUAUUAUUGUUUACUAAUUUUUCAUUUUGUUUGAUUGAUUAAUUGAUUAUCAAAAGGGGGAGUGCGUUGUGGCAAAAUAACAAAACAGUCUAUAUACUCUUUUAUUGUAUUGUCCCAUAGUUUACUUCAAUAGUUCUUUGUUCUUGUGUGACUUUUUAGCUAAAUGGUUUCUGGGUCCUUUCCGUCAUACUGUUUUGGUGGUUGUACCAACCUCCCUUUUCUCUCAAGGACAAAAUAACUGUAUGAAUAGGUCUUUCUUUCUUUCUUUCCUCAUUCCCCUCCCAUUUUUUCAGUUUAAUUUGGAAUUGCUUUCGCAUAUGUGUCUUAGAGACGGGCAGAGAUCCAAGCAACUGUAACCUCUCUGGACUCCUCUCUCUCUUUGCAAAGGUAUUAUUAAAACUACAAGAGAUAAGAUUGUUUCCUGAUUUAAUUAACAAGGGCUUGCAAUGGAUUAGAUAUUUCCAUUCUUUUUAAUGGGGGAAAUGGAUUUCAUAGACAAGCAAAUUGAGUCACCCUCAAUGUUUUAAGAGGUGUAUUUUAUUAAGAAUCACAAAUACACUUUACAAUGCAACUCUAUGGGGGGCACAAACCAGUGCAAACUAUAGGCCGGUCCCAAGCCCGGAUAAAUGCAGGGGGUUGCAUCAGGAAGGGCAUCCGGCAUAAAACUUUGCCAAACAAAUAUGAGCAUUCAUCUAAAGCAUUCCAUACCGGAUCGGUCGUGGCCCGGGUUAACAACGUCCGCCCCCGGCACUGUUAACCUGCAGGGCGCUGGUGCAAAUUCAGCUACUGUGGGUGGGUCGAAGACAAAGGAGGGGUGGAAAGCGGGUUCUUAAGGCAGAACGAGAAGAGGAAAGCACAGAGCCUAGACUUGAAUGUGGGGACUUUGAAUGUUGGGACUAUGACAGAAAAACCUCGGGAGUUGGUUAACAUGAUGAUUAGGAAAAGUUUGAUAUAUUGUGUGUCCAGGGGACCAAGUGGAAAGGCAGUCAGGCGAGACGUUUAGGGGCAGAGUUAAAAUUAUUUUACCAUGGUGUAGAUGGGAAGAAAAA